AUGGCAGGCUACGGGACCACAGCCUCGCGGCCCGCCAACGGCGUCGCUCACAGUCACGGCAGCGACCCGGAGCGACAGCCACUACUAGGCAAAGCUUCGUUGCCCGGCGCCGGCGGCAUCACCAAGAUCCGCAAGAGCCUCAAUGCCGACGUCUCGCGGUCCCGGGCCGAUCUCAUGCUCCUCUUCUGCUACGUUGUCACGGGCCUGCUCGACAGCGCCUCGACCCAGGUAUGGGGUGCCUUUGUGUCCAUGCAAACCGGAAACACCGUCUACGUUGCCCUCGGCAUCGCCUCCGUCCUAUACCCGCCCAUCAGCCCGCGCCUCUACCGCUCCGGCAUCUCGCUGCUCGCCUUCUGCGUCGGCUCCUUCUUCUUCGCACGCUUCCACCGCCGCUUCUCCCCCAAGCGCCGCUGGGUGCUCUGCGCCUCCUUCUCCGCGCAGCUGCUCCUCACCGUCGCCGCCGCCCUCGUCGUCACGCUCACGCCGCCGCCCGCCAGCGACGACGCCGUCGACUGGACCGUGCUGCUGCCGCUCGCCCUCGUCGCCUUCCAGAGCUGCGGCCAGGCCGUCACGUCCCGCGCCCUCCGGUACAACGCCCUCACCAGCGUCGUCCUCACCAGCAUCUACUGCGACCUCUUCUCGGACCAGGACCUCUUCAAGCUCGACAAUGUGGAGCGCAACCGGCGGGCUGCUGCGCCGCUCAUGCUGCUGGCCGGCGCGGUCCUCGGCGGCGUCUUCUCGCACUCGCCUGUCGGCAUACAGGGUGCGCUGUGGACGGCGGCGGCGUUGAAACUGGUCAUGGUCAUCUUGUGGCUAUUCUGGCCGGAGGAGCCGUCAGAAGACGACGAGUAG